ACAAUUUGUGUCGUCUGACUCGAAACAAUUUGUUGGAUGUUGCCGCAGCGAGCCAAGAAGUGGGCACUGAGAGCGGUCAAACGCUCCGCCUAGGCUGCCAUAGCCUUGGUCGGUCUAUCAAGAUGGCCGAGCGUGUCGGACUACUCGAUCUGCCCAACGAGCUGCUGCUCGACAUCCAUCUCCUCUCACUAUCAGAAUGUCUUCCUCUUGUGAACCGUCGUCUGGCGUCAGUGCUGCGCAGUUCGAACAGACACAUCCUCUACUACUUGUAUGACCGCGCAACGCCGCCCGAACCGAAGGCGAUCAAGGCAAAUCAGCGAGCGAGAGAUGCCAUCGCUUUCAUCAACAUGACCAAUACCUACACGCACAAUGCCGUGCUACGUUAUGGCAUCUGUACGCUAGACAUCUACAAGGCUUUCGAGGUCUAUUACGUCGAAAGAUUCAACCGUUACUGGCUGUCUGCCGACUUCGGUCAGCCCAGACGGGACAGUGACAGAACCGUGCCUCGGCCGCCAAGGAUUGAGAUCAAUCUCCCCAAGCGCUUGUUCAGGCAUCUCACGCUCGAGCCAACAUCAAAGACGCGCUCUAAAGCGGCUCACAAGCUGAGAUCACUAGACGAACCCGACUUGGCACUGAUCGAGUACCUACUCUCGAACAAGAUCUUUCCGGCAGAUCCCAACAUCAACGAUGGCUAUGCGCUCUGCCGGGCUGUACACAGCGAACACAGACCGCUCAUCAGGCUCCUGCUCAGAUACGGUGCCUUGCCCUCGCUCAAAGACAACCUGGCCAUCACACUUUGCAUCAAGAGCUCGAUGGAUCUCAGCGUGCUCAAGAUGCUCUUUGAAAGAACGGGAGAGGACAGGGGUGAUCAGAGUCUGCCGAGACCUUUGCCCGAUCGCGUCAAGGCGACCCCGGAAAUGCUCGAGAUUGCCGCCAAGUUGUCAAAAUGGGAGAUUGCUGCCUAUUUGCGCGCAAAGGGUGCAGUACCGACGAUGAAGACGAUCGUGAUGAUCCAGCGAGCGCAGGACGCUCAGAGAGGACCGACUGCAGAUUCAGACUCGGAUUAGAGAGAGAGACCUUCAGACAUUCUAGACUGCUUGCAAACUAGUGCCUAC